AUGGCUGCCGGCGGCGGAGGCGGCAUAGGCGCAGCCAAGAGCACCACCAAAGGCAAGGACAGAAACAAGAAACAAAACCAAACCCACAACAACAACAACAAGCCCCUCAAUCAACACCACCUCGGCAACCUCGUAACCGCCGCCACGUCACUGGCCCACUCCUUCCUCUCCCAGAACGACCUCCUCCUCCUUCCCGCCCAAACCCUAACCCUAGAAUCCCUCCUUUCAUCCGCCUCCACCUCCCUUUCCACCCUCCUCUGCUUCCCCAACCCACCACCGCAACCACCAUUACGCCCUCCGCCGACGCCGCUAGAAUGCUGGUUCAGCCGCUUUCUCUCCGCCACCGCCGCCGGCGGAGACUUCGACUCCCACUGGUCCCAGACGUUCCGCAUGUCUGAACACUCCUUCUCCGUCCUCCUCUCCCUGCUCUCCCCAUUUCUCAAGUCCACAGUCCCUUCAAUCCCGCCCAAUUUCGUCCUCGCCGCCGCAAUUUACCGCUUGGCCCACGGCGCGAGCUACAAGGCUGUGGGAAGGCGGUUCGGGCUCGACUCCGUGGAGGCCUGCCGCGCAUUUUACGCCGUAUGUAAGGCGGUGAACGAUCAAUUGGGGAACUUGUUCGAAUUCCGGUCAGAUAUAUCCCGGGUAUCGGCGGCGUUCAGGUGGAUUUCGCUGCCUAAUUGCUGUGGGGUUUUAGGGUUUUCGAGAUUUGGGGUUGGUGGUGAAGUGCUGGGGGCAAAUGGGUCAUUGUUGGUUCAGGCAGUGGUGGACUCUGAGGGGAGGUUCCUCGAUGUCUCCGCCGGGUGGCCAAGCACCAUGAAACCCGAAUCGAUUUUCCGGCAGAGUAAGCUGUAUUUGGGUGUGGAGGAGUCCAGGGACUUGCUCAAUGGUCCUGCUUUUGAGCUUGGGAAUGGGAAUUCCAUUCCUCAGUACAUAUUGGGGGACUCUUGCUUCCCUCUAUUGCCAUGGCUUCUAACACCUUAUGUAAGGUCGGACGAGGCGGAUAGCUUCAGUUCGAUGGAGAAGGCGUUCAAUUUGGUGCAUACUCGCGCAAUGGGGUUGGUUGGCACGGCAUUUGGGAGAGUUCGGUCUCGGUGGCAGCUCCUGGCUAGGCAGUGGAAGGAAGAGUGUGUGGAGUUUCUGCCUUUUGUGGUUGUUACAGGGUGUCUGCUGCAUAACUUUCUGAUCAAGUGUAGCGAGCCGAUGCCAGAUGACAAUGUGAAAGGCUUAAAGGAGGAGGAGCUUCCUGUUUUCGAUGGACAAGUGAACGAGAGUGGCGAGCGGAUGAGGGAUGUACUCGCCAUGCACUUGAGCCGGGUAAGCCUCAGAAGAUGA